UUCAGAAGGAAAUUCCUCGGAUUUAAUUUCUAGUACUUAGGCCAAUAGCAAUUCUAAAAUGCUAUUUAUUUGUGUUUUGUAAGUUUGUACAUAGUGAUGCCAGCUUCAAUGUUGCAGAAUUACUUUUUCAUGCAUUUGAGUUUUGUUUAAAAUCAAAUGCUUCAGUUGUUAUUUUGUCAUUGCAUUUCGGCUAACUCUUGGCCCUUUUAUUGUCAAUUUAGUGCACCAUAAUAUCCCAUGUAGUGGGGGGUUGAGCUUUGGGUUUUUUCUUUAUUUGUUGCUACAAGUUCUUAUAUUCGUUUGUCCUUGUGACUGUAGUGAUGACUUCUAGAUGCAGAAAGAGUGAAUGGAUGCGUGAAUAAUUGGUUUAAUGAAUAGUUAUUCCACUUCUUGAGUGCUUUUUUUUCCCCAGGAUAAUUGUAAAUGAAUAUAUUUUCAUUGUACUGGUACAUUGAACAGGUCAGUGUCUAUACCACUGGACCAACAUUUUAUGGCUAUUGAGUGCCUGAUGAUAAUGUCUUGCUUUUCCUUUGGGACUCCAAUUAUAUAUCUUUUACCCUCAGCGGCAGGGGGACUACAGGUGAUUUGAUCAUUGAUGUCAUUGCAAUUGUUAUUUUUUUAAAUAAAUUUAUUAAAAUACUAAAAAGUUCAUUUGAAUUUUGAGAAGUCUACAUCCCCUGGGUUUUAGUUGUUUAUAAUGUUGAAAUUGUGUUCUCUGUAGACAUGUGAACUCUGUGUAGUGUCAAACUUGCAGUACCCAGACCCUAGUUAUCUUGCCUCUUAAUCUCUUCCUUUCUGUUGGGCCCUCCCACCCGACUAACAAAGUGGUGUCUGCCACCUGUGGGCUUAUCAUAUAUUUGGUCUUACUAUGGGAAGUGUUAAUCAAAAUGCAAAGAAGUAAUUCCUUUAGUAAAAUCAGCCCACCAAAACGGCAUUGACUUACUAGGUGGUGUAUACUCACAGGCAGUGAAGAUCAAGUUUUCAGAUUUUUUAUUUCUUCCUGAAUCUGAGGAACAAGCUGGCAACCUAAAGUGUGCCGAUAUACAAAAGUCAGAACCAGAAAUUGAGAGAAAACCAGCCACAUGGCACCCUCGCAUAGGCAACCCAAUAGAUCUGUCCUGGCAGACAACAGAAACAAGAAAUUCUACCCUAACAACUGAAACGGACUUACGAUAAAAUAGUCUUAGUCUGUUUAAAUAAGACCAUCCUGAGUUUCGCCGGAUGCAAGUAGAGUUUGUCCUUAGAAAUUCAGAUAUGACCCGUUUUUACCCACAAUAGGGCACAAAAACCGCCCUAUUGAUAUUUAUCGCAGGUGAUCCGUUUUGUCCUGAAAGCAUCUUCACUAUCACAUUUCAAGAUGAGAAAAACGUGAACUUCACCUCUGAACGCCCAGCGCUUCCUUGCCACGUCUGCCCCCGCCCCGGAGUCCAGGGCCAGGAUGAUGGUGGGCAGAAGCAGGUGGGGCAGGGCCUAAGUCCGCUUUCAAUUAGUGAUACCACAAGGAAGCCUACACUCAUUGGUUCGCGGGAGGGCCCUGGAUGCGGAUUGGCUACUACACUGAGGGCGCACGGGCGGGCAGCCCCGCCACCGUCAUGGCGUCCGGCGAUUCGGUCACGGCACCGCUUCUGUGGCCUGUGGGAGCCCGGUUGGCGGCGCUGCUUCCCGACCUGCUGGUCUUCAGGACGCCCCAGGCAUCGGAACCCGAGCUGGCCACGACCCCAGGCGUCCUCCUUAGCGUCCACGUGACGGGGUUUACAGCAUUAAUGGACAGGUUCAGCCUGACCUGCAAGUCGGAACAUGACAUGGACAAACUGGCCCACAUCUUCAGUUAUUACAUUAGUGACAUCGUGGAGCACGUACUCUGUUUUGGAGGGGAUAUCCUAAAUAUUACAGGGAAUGUGCUCCUGGCACUGUGGACAGUAGAACAGAAUCAACUGAGGGACAUCAUUACCCUGGUGGCAAAAUGCAGUCUGGAGAUACAGGAGAAAUUUGGGAUCUACCAUACCAGAGAAGGCCAAGACCUGCAGCUAAAGAUAGGUCUGUCUGCAGGUCGGAUUUCCCAGGUUAUUGUUGGAGAUGAGCAGCGACAGUACCUCUUGGUGAUUGGGAGGGAUGUAGAUGAUGUCCAGUUAGCUCAGCGUUUGGCUCAAGCAAAUGAGAUUGUCUUGUCCUGGCACUGUUGGAUGCUCUGUGAGCAGUAUAUGUUUGAAGUGGAAAUCAUGAAGGAGGAUGAAGCUGUAAAGUUAAGAGAUAUGCGGAUCAUUGACCCAUUUGAUUUUGAUGAGCAUUUUGACAAGUGCCUCGAUUAUCUGCCACAUUACCAGACAAAUUCUGACACUCUAAGAAAUGCCCUGGAACUGGAUCCAGACUCUGCACUUGAGCAAACUCUGCGGAAGCACAUAAUGAAAAAUCUUUUGAAGAAGAUUGAUGAAGGCCAACCUGUGGAGUAUAUAUCCGAAUUUCGUACUGUGACUGUGGUUUUGGUCAGCCUACAGUUCCACAAGACAGCACGGAUGUUGUAUUUGUGUCAUCUUAUCCAGAAGGCUACAUUAUACAUCUCCAAAGUCAUAGAAAAAGGGGGUGGCCAGCUGUGCCGGAUCUUUAUGUUUGAGAAAGGCUGCAUGUUCCUCUGUGUUUUUGGCCUUCCUGGAGAUAAGAAGCCAGAUGAGUGUGCACAUGCUCUGGAGAGCUCCUUCAGCAUCUUUAGCUUCUGCUGGGAGAAUCUUGCUGAGACCAAGCUUGUUUCCAUCAGUAUCACCAAUGGACCAGUGUUCUGUGGCAUGGUUGGGGCAAUAGCAAGACAUGAAUAUACAGUUAUUGGCCCAAAAGUAAGCCUUGUGGCCAGAAUGAUAACUGCUUAUCCAGGUUUGGUGUCUUGUGAUGAAGUAACUUACCUAAGAUCCAUGCUACCUGCUUACAACUUCAAGAAACUCCCAGAGAAGAUGAUGAAAAACAUCUCCAACCCUGGGAAGAUGUAUGAAUAUCUUGGCCAUAGAAGAUGUAUAAUGUUUGGGAAGAGACAUUUGGUCAGAGAGAGAAAUAAAAAUCACCCUUUGUUAGACCGGGAGAAAGAACUGGAAGCCUUCCGAAUUGCACAGCAGGGAUGCUUGCACCAGAAGAAGGGACAAGCAGUUCUGUAUGAAGGUGGAAAGGGCUAUGGAAAAAGCCAGCUAUUGGCUGAAAUAAACUUACUGGCCCAGAAGGAAGGGCACAGGGUGUUGUCAUUGAAGCUGAAGGAGGCAGAUUCCAAGCAGCGCUUCUAUGCCAUCCAGACCCUCAUGGCCAUCUUCUUUGAGAUCGACAUAUGCCCAGCCUACUACCGGCAAGAGUGCCUACACAAACAGCUCCAUGGGAUAGUGGAGGAACCACUUCACUGCCUUUUCAAUGAGCUCUUCUUUGUAAAGUUUUCCUUAUCCUUCAAAGUUUCACACAUGGAUGACCUGGCCAAAGAGAAGAAAAUUAAAGCAUGUUUUUUUCAAGUGCUACAGAAGGCAGUAAGGGAAACACCACUGAUUUUCCUCAUUGACGAGGCACAGCAUAUGGAUACAGCUUCCUGGGAGUUUUUGGGAACAUUGCUCUCCAGCGUGCCUAUCAUCAUGGUGAUGACAUUGACGCCUACCUUCUCCCUGUGUGGUGGGGCCCAGCACUUCCUGCAGAGCCCUCAGGCUACACUGAUGCCCAUUUCGAAGUUAGCAGCGAACUCACUGUUGAGAAUGGCAUGUUGGGAACUGGGGGUGGUGAGCAUCCCCCAAGAGCUGCAAAUCUACCUUCUCCGCAGGUGCUUGGGGAACCCUCUCUACUGUGAGGUCCUAUGCCAGGACCUUCUCUCAAAGGACAUACUGCUCUUUUAUGACCUACAAAAGGAGGAGGAUGAGAACAGCAAGUGGGAGAACCUCUCAGCCAGUGCCAUGAAAUCCACGAUGCAUAAUAUUUCUCCCGCCAGCUCUGAAGAAGACGAGGAACUUUACGUCUGCAUCAUCAAGGAUGAUGUGAACUUGGAUACAGUGCUUCUCCCACCACUGUUAAAAGAAAUAGCAAUAAACCAACUGGAUCAGUUGAGCCCAGAAGAACAGUUGCUGGUUAAGUGUGCCGCAGUCAUUGGUCACUCCUUCCACAUAGAUCUGCUGCAGCACCUGCUGCCUGGCUGGGAUAAACGUAUGCUACUUCGGGUGCUGAGGGCUCUUGUAGAUAUACACGUGCUCUGCUGGUGUAACAAGACCCAGGAGCUUGCUAAGCCAAUACUAGUGCCUUCUUCUAUUGAUAUUAUUGAAAAAUCAAAAGAGGAAAAGAAAAAAUCAGAUGCUGGCUUUCCUCUCAGGCUAAAACAGGAACCAUUUCUACCUCAACCUGAAGUGCUAGAAUUUGGAGUGCCUUUAUUACGGGAAGCUGCUUGGGAGUUGUGGCCCAAGGCACAGCAAAUAGCCCUGCAUCUUGAAUGUGCCUGCUUUCUCCGAGAUUUGGCCUGCCGCUGUGGGAGCUGCCAUGGUGGGGACUUUGUCCCCUUCCAUCGUUUUGCCAUCUGUUCUAUUAAGAGCUCCAGAGGGACAUCCCGAUUCUGUAGUUACAAAGAUACUGGCUCGGUGCUAACACAAGUGAUCACAGACAAAUUGCUGCUGCCUUCUCCCCAAGAUUAUUUUCAGUUCCAAACAAAACCAUCCAGAAGUCAGGAGGCCUUCACAGGUGAACACUGCAGAACAGAGGAAGAGUUCCUGGAUCAAGUGAGCAGGAAGCUGGCUCAGACCAGCCCAGAGAAAGACAUGCUGACCAUGAAGCCCUGUCACUGUGAGGAAAUUCUGAAGUUAGUGCUCCUGCCCCUUACCCAGCACUGCCUGGUCAUCGGAGAAAACACUUGUGCAUUUUAUUACCUGCUGGAGGCUGCUGCGGCCUCCUUGGACCUGUCAGAUAAUUACAUGGCCUUCUUUUAUUUGAGGAAGGCAAGCAGUCUUCUGGGCCAGCCCUCAGCACUCUCAUUUUUUAAAAAGCACAAAGUGAAGAUCUGUCAGUUUGAGGAGGCCACUUUCUGCUGUCUUCGAUCAGAGGUCUGUUUCAACAUGGGACAGAUCACCUUGGCCAAAAAACUGGCUAGGCAAGCCCUUCGACUGCUAAAAAGGAAUUUCCCUUGGACCUGGUUUGGUGUUCUUUUCCAAACAUUCCUGGAAAAAUAUUGGCAUUCCUGCUCCCUGAACCAACAUCCAAACAACCCUAGUGAGAACAAGAAGAGGUUGGCAGUCCUGCAACAGCAGGUACACUGCCUCUCCCUGCUCUGGCAGCUCUAUAACCUGGAGGCCACAGCCAGCAGCCGCAGGUUUGCCUGCCUGGCCACUCUGAUGCAGAAGAAUUCAGCUGAGGAGUUUGCAAAUGAAGCCCAGGUUGUCUCCACCUAUGUGGCCCUAUCCCAGUUCUCCCAGAACGUGGGUGACAGGGAGAAGUGGCUGCACUGUGAACGAAUGGCCAUUCAGAAAAGCAGCCUAUGUUGGUUCUCCAGGGAGGGAUUGUUGGCCACAGCCCAGCUCAUGCAGGCCUUGGCCUUCACCAAGCUCUGCCUCGGCCAUCUUGACUUCUCCAUCAAGCUGGGUUUUCAAGCUCAUGAGAUAUGCAGACAUCUCAAGAAACCAGCUCUGGAGAAUCUGGUUCUCUCAGUUCUCUUCAGAUCUGCAUUUCUGAAAAAGAAAUUUGAUCUAUGUGUCCGUGUGCUGGACAAUCAGUGGGCACUCAUUUCCCAGGGUCAUGAUAUCCUUGGCCUGGCUUGCUUCUAUUCUGCUUGCUUAGAUCUGCUGCUCUACGGAAAAGGACUACUGUAUCGGCCCUUCGAAGAGUGUCUGCGUUUCUUUCAAUACUAUGAGCAUAGCUGCAUUCUAACUUCUCAGAGCAAUGUCAUGCUGGGGAUCCACUCCUCUCUGGCCAUGUGGUUUGCCCAGGACUCACAAUGGAACCUGUUUGAGCACCACUUCUCCAAGGCUCGCCAGUUGGUGAAAAGAACCAAUGCCUCACUUUUUGGUUCACAUGGCUUUGUCCGCUUCCUGGAGUGUCACGUGCUAAUGUUGCAGAAAAUGCCAGAGGGUGUCUUCAUGCACAUUCGCCCAGAGACUCAGGGUCAAGUCAUAAAGUACUUUAAGGAGUUUUUCUCUCGAUGUGUGACCUGCCCUGUCUAUCACCAGUGGGUUUCUGAGCUUAAAGCAUCUGUAAUGAGAUAUGGAAAGAGAGAAUUCAUGUCUUUGACUAACAUCAUCAGGCCUUUUGACACCUGCUUGACCAGGAUUUGGAUAGAUGGAGAAUUCCUGGAGGAAAACAAGUCCUUUGAAGGAAAUACGGAAAUUUGACAGAGUGGCUGAUGUCAAGGAGAAUAGGGAUAAAGAAGAAAUUCAAGAAUGUAAAUGUUAAAACAAAAAAAAUCAUCUGACGGGAUCAUGAUUCUCUUAUUGUAUAUAACACAAAGAAAUACCCCAAGUUCUCCUUCUUAAGAUACUGUGUAGUUUACAUAUUUAAUAUACUAGCCUUUUACAGUCACAACUGUCUAUAUCUUUGUCAAAAUAAAAGCCUAUGUUUGUGAAGCAUGAUACUUAGAUCUUUCUUAACUCUGUGCUAUCAUUUGCACAACUGUAGAAAAAUUAAAACCAGGGGUUGACCAGAGAUCUGGGGGAGUUUGAGGUGAACUGAUUCCAUCUUAUAUAAGGUGGGAUCCAUUAGCAGACAGGAAACAAGAUCCCCAUAAAGAGGUUGUUAUCAGAUAAAGGCAGGCUGACAGUGCAAGCACUUUGGCAUUGCUCUCUUUUGGCACAGAUGUGGAAACGGACUGCUUAGUCAAAGAACAUGUGUGAAUGACCCAUGGGCAGGGACAAUGGAGAGAGUAUUGACUAUGGGAGAGAGGGAUGGGCAGGGUGGAGGGGGACAAAAGGGAAAAGAAUUGGGACAACUGUAAUAGAAUAAACAAUAA